AUGAAGUUCACCCACGCCAUCCUCGCCGUCGCCUCGCUGCUCUCUGCGCCCGUUCUUGCGGCGCCCACCGUGCAGUCUGAGGGCCUCCUCGGAGGUGAACCGACUGCCUCGCAGCUUUCUGCCCUUGCUGCUCACCCCGACUCCGAGCAAAUCGACGCUCUCUUCUCCCACAUCACCAUCGAAGGAGAAGAGCAGAGCGAGUCGCCUGCCAAUCCUCUUGUUGCUCGUGGAGACAACUAUUGCAGCCCUACCGGUGCUGAAUCAUGCAACUUCUGGAUCAAGACCACCAUUCCCAUCGCUAGCUCCGGUUUCCAGCGCUGGUGGGGUCUUUACAGCAACAGCUGUGCCAAGAUUGGCGGGUCUGCUAGCUCGCUUUCUGUCACCUCUGAGAGUUGGUCUCUCAGCUCGCAGCUGCCGUACACCAUCGAACUCACUAUCAACUUUGGCGGAUACACCCCCGGUGGUUAUUUCUGGUAUGCUGGCCGCAAGACCAACUUAGGAAGCAACAUGUACUGCGAGAGCUGCAGCGGCGCCUCCCGCUGCUGUCGCGUUGCCUUCCAGUGCCGUUAA